AAUAGAAUUGGGGGAUGAAGAGCCCGUGUUUGUUCUAAAGGUGAGCCGCAGAAGAGUUCAGGAAGCGUCAGUAAAACCAUCCCGUUAGUACACAUACACUCAUCAGGACUCGGACACAUAUACACUCGCAGCUGGAUCAGAACACGUUUGCAUUAUGCAUUCGGACUGCAGGCUGCUGGGAUGGACGCGUCGGUAAUGGUGGGCAGAGGGACCGGAGCGACUGCGGUCGUCAUCCUGAUCGUCUUCAUCCUCCUCCUCGGUGCCAGAAGCUCUUGGGCGCAGAAAGGAGACGGCUGUGGACACACUGUGCUGGGUGUGGGUACUGGGAGCCUGGCGUCUCUAGGGUAUCCUCUGUCCUAUCCCUCACACUCUGUGUGUGAGUGGGAGAUCAGCGUGACCACUGGACACACCAUCCUUGUGCGCAUCGCGGACCUUGACAUCAACACAAACAACUGCCAGGUGUCUUACCUCAGACUCUAUAAUGGCGUCGGACCCGGACGAACAGAAAUUGUGAAGUUCUGUGGAGGGAGAGAAUGGAGAGAUGCUGUAAUUGAAUCAGAAGGGCAUCAGGUCACAGUGCAGUUCAUGAGUGGACCACACAGCAAUGGCCGUGGCCUCUUCCUCUCCUACACCACCAAUCAGCAUAGAGAUCUCAUCACCUGCCUGGAGAAAGGAGAGCACUUCACUGAAGCGGAGUUCAGUAAAUUCUGUCCUGCGGGAUGCCUGACUGAUUUCGAAGAGGUUUCGGGAACCAUACCCCAUGGAUACAGAGACUCAUCUCCAUUGUGUCUGGCCGGCAUUCAUGCGGGUGUGGUCUCCAACACUCUGGGAGGGCAAAUCAGUGUGGUCAGCAGCAAAGGCAUCCCACACUACGAAAGCUCACUGGCUAACAAUGUGACAUCUGUGCCUGGUAAUCUCUCCCCCAGCCUUUUUACCUUCAAAACUAGUGGUUGCUACGGCACUUUGGGUUUGGAGUCGGGAGUGGUCAGCAGCUCUCAGAUCACAGCCUCUUCGAUGUGGGAAUGGGGCGGUCAUGGAAAGGAACCCACCAUCUGGGGGCCUGGAGGGGCCCGCCUCAAAACACAGGGACGUCCAUGGGCAGCAGCCAACAGCGACACAAAAGAAUGGAUUCAAGUGGACCUGAAGAAGGAGAAAAGAAUAACAGGUAUUACUACCACGGGCUCCACCCUCACAGAAUAUCAGUUUUACGUUUCAGCCUUUGAGGUGCUAUAUAGCCAUGAUGGACAGCAAUGGGAAGCCUAUCAAGAAUUGGGAUCAGAUAAAAACAAGAUUUUCCAAGGCAACACCAACUAUUUACAGGAAGUGCGGAACAACUUUAUUCCUCCAAUUGAAGCACGGUUUAUCCGAAUAUGCCCCUUCCAGUGGCACCAGAGGAUUGCCCUUAAAAUGGAGCUACUGGGCUGCCAACCACAUGCAGCGAGGCCAAGAAUAUUCCAUCCAGCCCGUCCUCCCCCUCACAGAAAAAGCACAGUGCCUCCUCUACAGAAGAGGACAACACACUCGCCUAACAUCCGAAACACUACCAUGCCUCCUCACACUCAUGAUGAGGUGGCGCUGGUGGCAGUGUUGGUGCCUGUACUGGUGGUAGUUCUGACAAUGCCCAUUUUAGUGAUGGUGUGCUCAUGGCUGUGGAAGAACAGAAAAAGCCCAGAGGCAAAUUAUGAGCUUCCACACUGGGAACGCACAGUGUGGUGGAAGAGUAUGAAACAGUUGUUGCCCUCUAAGCUGGAUGGAGACGAAUGUGUUCGCUACAGUUCAACAGCAAGAGUGGAUCACCAGAGACCGCGAGUGGAGCCUGCAGAAUACGCCCAACCACUUGUCAGUGGCACCAUGGCCUCUCUGGGACAGAGGUCAACCUUUAAGCCUGAAGAGGGUGUAGACCCUGAGUAUGAUGCACCUAUUCCUCCAGAACAUUACCAUGCUUAUGCUGAGCCCCUUCCCGCCACUGGGUCUGAAUAUGCCAUUCCAAUCAUGAUUGACAGGGCUAACCACAUAUCAGGAAGUACACUACCAUUCAGGGGGCGAGGUGUACUUGCUCGGACAGACAGCAGCCAAUCAGCAAGAUCCGUCUAUGACACACCCAAGAGCACAUCUGGUCAAGCCACGCCAACAGAGGGACAGUUGUACCAGGUUCCUCAGAAUACCCACAAUACACCAUGUCAGAAUACAGACCAAUCACAGAACAGUGGCUCCGUGUGAAUCAAGCCUUGGCUGUUUUGAAAUCCCUUAGCUGGACACAACCUUCCCCUAAAGAAAAGCAGAUGAGAAUGUGUGUGUGUGUGCCGCUCCUAGCCUUCUCAAAUUGUCCUAUCACUGAAAAAACACACAGGAAUGUCAGGAAAGAGACAACAGCAGAGAUUUUGUUACACUACUUUGCUUUGUGGAUGUUUCUUCAUGUUCCUGUGUCUAAAUGUGUAUGGGACAUGCGUACGAGUGUAUAUAUUUGUGACUGUGCUCUGCUAUCAAACUGUGACUCCUUACAUUUAUGUGCAUUUUCCUGAGAGCUGAGAUGAAUUAAUCUCUGCAGCUCAUUCCGAGGCACAUUCUUCCCCUUACACAAAUAUAUAGUUUCAAUAAAAAAAAUGACCAUACACUGAAUAACAAACUAUCACAUUACAAACUAAUAGGCAAACACUCUUGUUACACUGUGGUCAUUUUGCACUGGUGGAUUAUUGUAUUGUGCUGUUAUAUAGUUAUGUCUUCUUUUAGACAUAGUAGCAAAGGCUUAUGCUGGUUUCACUAAUUGUGUUCCAAACCCUAGUGAACAGCCUUUCAUUCAACUGCCUACAUAGGCAACUGUCUUCUAAAGCCCACGUUUCAUGUUAGCAUGUUGCAAGCUUAUAUCAUGAUACUCUAAUAUACACACAAAUAUUAGGCAAAAUAUUCUGUUUUAAUUCGACUGGACUGUUUUUAAUCAAUAUUUUUAUGUAUUGAUUGAAAUAAAAGUAUAUUUAGUAUCAACAUUUUCUUGAGUCAUCCACCAUCUUGGAUGAACUUCACUGAGCCGUAUAAAAAUACAUUCUGGGAUUGUUGUCUGUGUGAAAGAUACUGCCAUGCUGCCUUAAAAUUUGGCCAAGAGAGGGUAUCUUCGGCCAAAAGAAGGUAUCUGCCAUUUGGAAAAACCUUCCAAGUUUAACAUUCAAUGCUGCCUUAAAAUGCUGUUUUGGUAGGCUGUUCAGUAGGUGGCUUUUUGUGGUUUGAUUAAGUUCAAGAAUUGAAUAAUAAAACAGAGUGCUUAGGAUUGACACAUUUAUUCAGCAAAGAAACUAGCAAUGCAUGGGCAGGCCUUUCUUAAGAAUAAUGACAACAGUAAUCAACAACUGCAUUGUCUUUUCCCCUGGCAAAGUCCUCAGUGUACGACUGCACAUACACAUUCAUGCCAAAUGUCUUUAUUAAUGCUUAUCAAAAGCCUGUGCCACACAAAGAUCCAUUUUUUAAUUUAUUAUGUUUUCCUGCUGAUGUUUGUUGUAUUACUACUCCCAAACCACUACCCAGCAUGCACUGUUUCAAUGGUUACACUGUCCUAAUGGAUACCUUGCCAAAUGUGACCCUUUUGUGGUCAAAGGUUAGAGUAAAAUACAGGAUGCCGACAUUCUUGCCUAUAAUUGGAUUCACUCUGUGCCAAGUUGUCUUCUUUAUGUAUCUUGUAUGCUUUUUUGGAUUGUAGACUUGAAGACCAAACAACCUGAUGGAUAAUUCAUUCCAAAUAUAUUAUCCAUUUUAUCUAAUGAUAUCAGACCAAACGUUGCCUCAUGUUAUGGAUUUUGGAUGCCAGGAUGUUGCAUGUUCUCAGUCAGAUUUGCUAAUGUACACUGUUACAUUAGUCAUUUACCAUGAUAUAUCACAGGUAAUGUGUCCCACAAGGCGUCUUUUGGUACUUGCAUUAGUUGAAUGAAAUGUAUUGUAAUGUCCACAGUGGUGUGUCUCCUUUGUUUAAAAACAUGCAAUAUGGAUGUGUGUGCAUUAUGUGUUUCAGUGUAAUAGUGUCUGUGAACUUGAAAGAUGUAUGUGCUUGUCUGCUUUAGUUUUUGAAUUCUUAUCUGAUUUGUUAUGUAAUGCGUUUCUGUGCACUGUAGCCACAAGCGUGUAUGAGUUUAUGUGUGUCUGCUGUUCACUGUACAUCUGUCUCUAAAUGAUGAUUGGUACUGUAGAAUGAUUGUAUAGAAAAACAAUUUUAGAAUGUUAAAUUGAAGUUUUAUUAAAAAAUAAAAUUUAACUACAAAUCAUAAUUUUUAGACAAUUAAUACACUGGUUCUGUAAUUUAUGCAGCAGUAAUAUUUCUUAUUUUUACUUUUCACAUUAAUGUACAAAAUAUAAACAGUUCCACCUAAUGCAAGGAGCACUUUUAAAUACCAAAAUCAUAAUACAAAAUAGGCUAUAGUUGAACUUCACAAUAUCCUUGGGUAGCUGACAAAUAACAUCGACCUUUUAAAUCACUAAAUUAACUUUUUUACAGUUAAUUUAAAUGGCCCUGCUGUGUGUGUGUGGAAAUGAAAUGAAAAUGUAAAAGUACAAAUAUUAAAUGUAGUCUAUGAAUGAAUAUGAGGUCAUAAAACUGGUAUUUAAAUAUUUAAACGAGCUGUUUAAAAUAGGUUUAGAUGAAGUAUAGCAUUUUACAUGUCAUGUCAACUACCCCUUUUUAUUUGCCCUAAAUUCAGUUCCCAAUAAACAAAUUUAGACUGACAAAUUUCUUACAAUUAUCUAAUGUAGCUGAAACCGAUUUCCCUCCUGUAAAAAAUAAGCGUCUGACUGAAUGACAAAUGUGUUUUAGAUACUGUCAUGCUGAACAAAAGUCACUUUUUAAACUAUUCAGAGUGUUGAAAUCGCAAAACAAUGUCCAACAUCACCCAAGCGUGUAAACUUAUACAUUCUCAUACAACGUUUAAAUGCAAAAUUACAAAGUAUUUUAUGCUGUUAAAAAAAGUAGACACUGUGCUCAAUAUGGAAACACGGCGUUGUUCAGUCGUGUGUUUUCACAGAUCAGUAUUUGCCACAUUGUCAUUGAUGCCCCCUGCUGGCUAUGUUUGGAAUGGAAUACUGAUGUUUAAAUUACUGCAUACUAUGCAGUAUGUACUGUAUACUGCAUACUUGUUUAAAAAAUAAUAAUAUAUUCGCAAUGACAGACAUUUUAAAUGGUAGAAGGCUAUGCAACAGUGUUAUGACUUUAGCGAGUGGUGUCCAGUUAUCAUAUCGGAAUUAAAUAGGGUUAUUUUGCAUUGUCUUACCUUUUGGCAGUUAGAUCAAAUAACGAGCCAAGAGGAUGUUAAAAAUCACUGUUGAUAUCUCUUCCGAUUCAUGACACACUGUAAAUGGUCAAGUUAAGUGCACUGUAUUCUGUUACAUACUGCACAAUUGAACAAAUGUAGUAGGUCAUAUUGAUAUUUCUUGCUUAAAGACAAUUUGCAUACUACACACAGUGUGCAUACUGCAUAGGUACAAACUUGUUUGGUAGUAUGCUAUUCCGACCAUAGCCAAUGCCAGACGUAUUUGAGUCUCAGACGACCCUGCUUUGAUCACAGUACGUGAGACUCGAAAAUGUAAUUAUGUAAUUACUUAUUUAAUGGAAAUAUGGGCCAGUUUUACAUUUCAUCAAAAUAAUUGUGCAGUAUGUGAGGCUAUUAGCAU